UUUGUCUUGGCGGGACCGGAUGUUCAAGCCACUUGCAGCAAUCUGAUGUGCCCAAGUAUUGAACACUGAAGGACAUAAAAGGGGCCGAGCAACGACUCCGCUUCCGUCGUCCGCUAGGUUACCACCUUUCUGUAUAUGCUUUGUACUAUAUUGUGUCCCAUCUGAAAUUACCAUCGACCACUGGGACCACUUGAGAUGGCGAACAUUAUGGAUUUAGUUGAAAUAACAGCAGACGAGCCCUCUGCAGCUCCAUCGCCAACAUUCCCCUUUGCAUUACCCGCUACUUGUGUACGCAGUCGUCUUCCAUCAUUCGACAUGUAUUCUGUUGCCAGCGGUUCCCUGCCUUCUUCCGAACUUUCCACGGCUUGUUCAUCUCCUGUUGCCAGUAAACCUACCACAAAGGAUGGAUUUACUCUUUUACUGGAAGCGGCCUUCUUGGAGGACAAAGAAAAUACUGUCAAGAAGCAUCAGCCUCCUACAAAUGACACACCCCCCCGGUCUCCAAAUCGUUGCAUUACCCAUGGAAAUUUCGAAGGGGAGAUCACUGUAAUAGGGGAUUAUACGGCACCUGUAAGAAUUGGAUAUGGCCCCAGGUUUACUAUUAAUCUUGGCACUGCUUCCCAGCAACGUCCUUAUAUUGUCAUUGAAUGGAACCCGUUUGCCCAGCGUUUUGAACUUCGUGUAUGUGGACAGGGGACCGUGACGGUCGGGAUCAAUACAUUUAGUCAGAACAGUCAUCCGGCGGUCUUGGAAACGUUCUCUACCUUUCGGCUGGACAACGCGCGAUUCUGCUUCCUUCGACCAAAUGUACCUUCACCAAUUGUCACUGGGCGACAUGCGGGAUUAGCUCUUCCCUCUCGGUCAAGUGAUAUCUAUUGCCCUCGCAUCGCGGGAGCAGUUGCCGGAUGCCCUUCCUAUCUUGGCUUGGCUAUAUCAGGGGUUUGCAUGAAUGGGUCGGCCGGCUCAUCCGUGCUCAGUAAAACACCAAAGGUGCCUUGCCCUAUAACUAGGACUCCCGAUCCAUCAAUGGAGCCCAUGGACAUGGAUCGUGUACACAUGCGGCCAAACUUGUCUUGGGCAAACCUGAUCAUUGGUGCAUUCAAAUCGUCUGGCAAGACCAAGUUACUUGUCUCCGACAUCUACGCCGAAAUCGCUCGUACACAUCCUUAUUAUCGGGUGAGAUCGGGCAAGAAAGGACAUAACUGGAGGAACGCGGUUCGACACGCUCUGUCUGUGAACACUUGCUUCUUCCGUCUCAACGAGAACGAGUAUAAAGGGGGGUAUUGGUCCUUCUCUGAGAAAACUGGACCAACAACAGCCAGAAGAUGUCCAAUGGCAACACAGCGCACCGAGCGACAGGGUACUGUUGACAAUAUGGACAGGAAAAAUAUCACCAGCGCCAUCACCAAUCUUUUACCUUCUCCGUUACCUUCCCCUGAUAUUGAUACUGGAUCUUGCAUUCAUUCCCCUUUCGAGGUCUCCCAAUGUACGGUUCGAGCAGCCAACAGUAACUCGACUUCGAAUGACUCUACGCUUCCGCCCAUCAUGAAUUCGCUCCACAAGCUUCCACCUUUGGGCAAUGCGCUUCCUACUCUCAAUUAUCUGACAACCAUCGAUAUUGACAUGAAGAACCGUCUGGAGGACGGUACCGCUGCCGCUUCGAUUCGGAAACGUACCUCUUUACCUUCCAGUACGAAUGCUCCGAAGAAGAGUCGUGUUGCAGUUGUGGUCUAACCACACUGCAUUUCUUGUAGAUACUUCAAAUGUAUAUUGGAUAUAAAAAUAUGGGUCGUGUGGUAAAUAUGCUGAGGAAAUGAACACAUCGGUGACUUGAGGACAGUGUUCUAUAAAACAUGGCGCUAACUGAUGUAUUCUGUAAAUUAUUAAUUAAAGCAAACUUUGAUAUUAAUUAUCCUGAAAGGCACUGGUGGAUAUCGAUAUCCUAAAUAAUAUAAAUAGUAUAUACAG